AUGCCGGGCUGCGGAAAGAAAAAGAAGAAAACUCGAGGUGAUCACUUUAAACUUCGUUUCCGAAAAAACUUCCAGGCCCUGUUGGAGGAGCAGAACCUGAGUGUGGCUGAGGGUCCCAACUACCUGACCGCCUGUGCGGGCCCUCCCUCCCGGCCCCAGCGCCCCUUCUGUGCAGUCUGUGGCUUCCCCUCCCCAUACACCUGCGUCAGCUGUGGCGCCCGCUACUGCACCGUGCGCUGUCUGGGCACCCACCAGGAGACCAGGUGCCUGAAGUGGACCGUGUAGACCUAGUCUCCUUCGCCCUGGCUUCAAAGAGAGCUUCAUCAUGCCAGGGAAGGGGCUCCUUGUGAACGGGGACAGCAAGCCUUGUCCUGGCCCCAGGGACUGCUCAGCGGGAAGUGGCCGAGCCCUCAGGGGCUGCCGUCAGUCAUAAAGUCUCCCGUGCAGAGGAGGAGCAGGCCUGCCUGGUAUUUUGGGAGUGAGGGAUGAGGCCACCUGGCUCCCUGACUCACUGCUGGGUCCUGUCAGCCGUUCCUCCCACUGAGGCUCUCCUCUGUCUACCCUCUGUGCCCUUGACCGGGAAGGAUGGUGUCUCCUCUCCUAGUCCCUCCACAUCUCUGCCGCCCUUGGCUGCGCCUGCAUGUCUGGUUGUUACUGUUGGCCCUGUGCUUUAGCUUUUAGUUUAUCUCGUUCCUGUGAGCGUCUCGAAGUACAGCGAUCCUUCCGUCCGGGAGGGUUGGGGAAGGGGGCAGGGU